CCAACUGACUCUUACUACAUUGGCGAAAGGAGGGAGGAUGCCCUGCAGAGACGACGCAAAUAUAUUGAGAAGCCAAUGGAACAAGCAAGCGGUGAUCAGAAGGACAUCUCUUCAUAUCUAAGGGAGCUGCCAACAGAAGACAUUGAGAAGGACCAAGUGGAGGUUCAGGCCAGCCUGCUGUCGCGGGUGGCCGGAGGCUUUCUCGGAGCGACCAAGGGGGCUGUCGGGGCCACGAUGGGCGGAGUGGCCUGGCUGGGCAUCAAAGGCUACACCGUAACCAGGACAACCGUCACCGCGGUGCCCUCAUUGGGCAUCGGCCUCAUCAGAGGCGGGGCCUCUAGCCUGGUGGGCGGGGCUUCCGCCGUGGGAUCCGCUGUCAAGAACAAAGUCCCAUUCGCCGGCAAGAGGAAAGACAAAUCGGAUUGAAGGCGGGACCCCCUCGCUUCCGGGGGCAGGAACCAGGGAAAGUGGGGCAGCACAUUGUCUUCCUGGGACUGCAAACAGAAAAGGGGCUCUGUUCCCUGGCGUUAAUCGCGCCCAAAUGCGAUUUGUGUUUUACUUUUGUGUGGAAAAUGCUGCUAAAAGCACUUGUGAUAAAUGCCCCCGCUCUCGGUUUCACGUUACUGGUGAUUGGAAAUGCAAUCAGGGUACAUAAACUUUGCAAAUCCCUAUGGUUGGGUGUAGUAUUGAAAGCUGGACACCGUCUAAGGGGGGUACACCCAGUGUUUGCCGAAAAGGUGGCAAGAUUUAAACUUGUUAAUACAAACCAAAAGGUAAUUGACAAGUGAAUGGAAAUUGGGUGAAUUUAGCACACCAGAGAAUCAUUUUGCAAAGUGGCCAGUCUUAUUUUUAAUACGUCUAUUUGAAUGAAAUGAUCAGUUACUGUGUAUUUUAAAAAAAAUCAUGAUUCAUUCAUCCAUUUCACAGAAUUGUUAUGGAGUAGAGAGAGUCCAUUUGGCCCAUUGUGCUACACCAAUUCUAUUCCUUGAUGCCAAUUUACUGUCUUUCUGCCAUCUACCUGCAUACCAUAUCUACCAUCUAUGAAUUGCAAAUCCUGGGUUUAACGUGCUCAGUCCCUACUGUAAACAGGUGAAGUGGUCCUACCAUAGUCCUAACAGACCAUUUGAAUGCUCUCUCAUUAAAGAGCGUAAUUUACAAGAGGGUCAUCACAAGGUUCCUGCCUCUACCACCAUUUCCACCAGUGAGUUCCAGAUACUCACCAUCCUUAUUCACACAUCACUGGUGUUUUCAUCAACCUGUUCUCACUCCUACAGUCCUGGGUCAUUGCUCCAGAAUAAAUCUGUAAAAUAACCUUGGAAUUUGUCUGGUGUAGGUUUCAUGUGUGUUCCAGCCACCAACCUGUGACUGAAAGAAUUAACCUACAUUUCUAGAGCGCCUUUGACAUCCUCAGGACCUACAGUGCUUUUCUGUUACUGAGGUCCCCUUUUGGAGUGCUGUGGUACAAGAAGUCUGCCAAAAUUGUACACAGCAAGCUCCCACAAACACCAAUAUGAUCCUGAAUGAAUAAUAUUAAUACAUGAGUGAACACUGAUCAGGCCUCAAGAGAGACUCUCUGUUUUCCCCGGAAAUCGAGUCAUACAAUU